CGCCGCGAUACCUAGCCCACUGGCAGAUCCAUCCGAUCUCGACAGUCGAUCACGCGCGCGCGGAAAGCCUCGCGCGGAUGUCACUCGCGCCCGCGACACCGCGGUGCAAUGAUCCUGGACGUAAUCGAUCGGGUGUGACCUCCUUCGGGGCCUUAUACCCCGUCGUCGUCUCCUCGGGAGCGGCGUGUCGUUCUGUUGCUGCGCGCUCGGACGCGCUCGGUCCUCGGCUGGAUCGCGCGAAAGGAUCGUCGUGUGUUGUCACGAUGCACUCUCGGACGAUUCGCACGUGCUUCGAUAAUCACACGCGAGGAGAAGUGCCCGCUUACGGAGUUUGAUUACGAUAAACUCCGUGAAGACGGAGUUGGACGAGCUAAACUUCGGGGAAUAAGGAUAAUCCGGAGAUAAUCGAGGAUCGUCGAGAGUGGAACGACGGUGGAAGUUUUUCGGAUGAAGUUUUCGUAAUUGAAGCAGCGAACGUCUGAAUGAACCAAGAUGGCACACACCGUCGGAAGACACAGCACAGCCGCCACGAAGGCUGCGGGAUGAUACUCGCAGGAUCCGUUCCGACAUACUUCGCGUACGAAGGAAGAUAUCUCUCACGGGAUUUUUAAGUGACGUGCUCUUGAAGCCUGAAGGAUGUCUUUGGGGCAACGUAUUUCCGGCGCUGUUGCGGUUCUCAGGGGGAGCGCGACGGAGGCCAAGGAGGGCCAUACGUCGUGCACAGAAGAGAUCGAGAAGAUGACGUCCGAAGAGGAGGUCGAGGCCGAAGUGCGACAACAAGUGACGGCGCUCGACAGGCUACAGAUGGUGGUAGAGUGGAUGGGAAGUAACAUGCUUUUGGUAUUGACCAUCUUCGGAGUUUUGGUGGGUCUGGGUCUCGGUUUCUUGGGUCGUUUGGCCGAUCUCUCGCCGCAGGCUAUAACUCUCGUCAGUUUUCCGGGAGAAAUUCUCAUGCGGAUGCUGAAGAUGUUCAUCCUGCCACUUAUCAUCUCGUCGCUCAUCUCCGGAAUGGCACAGCUAGACGUUCAAAGGUCAGGAAGGAUAGGGAUUAGGGCGCUAACGUACUACUCGGUGACGACUAUUCUCGCCGCCAUAGUGGGCAUUGCGAUGGUGUUGAUGAUCCACCCCGGUGAUCCGCAGAUCAAAACUACGGUCGCGGCGGUGGUGAAGGCUGAGGAGACGAAAGUCUCCACUGUUGACGCGAUUCUCGACAUCAUUCGGAACAUGGUGCCGGAGAAUUUGGUGCAGGCGUGCUUCCAGCAGGUUCAGACCUCCUACGUGAAGAAGAAGGUGGUCGUGAUCGGCUCGAACCAGAGCGAAUACAUAAUGGAGCCGACCUUGGUUUACAAGGAUGGCACGAACGUGAUGGGUAUGAUCGUGUUCUGCAUCAUCUUCGGCGUGCUCGCGGGCCAGAUAGGACCCCGCGGGAAGCUGAUGGUGGACUUUUUCGUGGUGCUGAACGAGAUCAUUAUGAAGCUCGUGACGAUCGUCGUGGUCUGGUACUCUCCGUUCGGAAUUAUGUGCCUGAUAGCUGGAAAGAUCAUGUCGAUCACCAAUCUGGCGGCAACUGCCCAGAUGUUGGGUCUAUACAUGGUGACAGUCGUAUUGGGCUUGAUGAUCCACGCUAUCAUUACGCUACCAAUGAUCUAUUGGUUUAUGACCCGAAACAACCCGGCGGUAUUCUUCAGGGGUAUGAUGCAAGCCUGGGUGACGGCUUUGGGUACAGCUUCGAGCGCGGCGACCUUGCCUCUGACCUUUCGCUGUCUCGAAGAAAACAACAAGAUCGAUCCGCGAGUGACACGCUUCGUCGUGGCAGUGGGUGCCACUGUGAAUAUGGAUGGCACAGCUCUUUACGAAGCCGUCGCCGCGAUCUUCAUCGCGCAAUUAAACGGAAUCUCGUUAGGAUUCGUUGAAGUCGUUACAGUCAGCCUUACGGCCACCUUGGCGAGCGUCGGGGCCGCGAGUAUACCCAGCGCUGCAUUGGUCACUAUGCUCUUGGUGCUAACUGCCUUGGGUCUUCCUACGAACGACGUGUCUCUGCUGUUCGCCAUCGACUGGAUGCUGGACCGGAUCAGGACGUCGAUCAACGUCCUGGGCGACGGCUACGGAGCCGGGAUAGUCUAUCACUUAAGCAAAGCGGAGCUAGACAAGAUGGACGAGGAACGGCGACUGGAGACUUUGGAAAUCGGAAGCCCACGCGAAAUCGUAGCCGAAGGUUGUAAACGAGAGGAGGCGUCAACGCAUGAGCAAACUUCUGAGACGAAAAUUUGAGAGCCUGCGAACUUUCCCGGCCAAGCCACGUUAUUCACUUGCUAGGAAUGUAAAUCUGCCAGUUCGCAGGAACAAACGCUCGUCCCUGUGUUAAUAUCCGCGACGUACGAUUGACUUUCACUGCCGAAAACGAGUUUCUCUAUCAAGUAAAUUAAGUAUUUAUAAUACACGUCACACACGCAGAGAGUAACUGUACGAUUUAAAAUAUAUUCGAUUAUAUUAAGAAUGCUGUAGGUACAGAUGGUGUUUUAUCUAGCGAUAUAUAAAUACACGAUACCGUUUAUUUUUCCGUAGCGAGGACGAGGUAACAGUAACGAAUGAAUCGAACGUAUCGAACGCUGAGGUAGAAAAUGCGAGCAUGUAAGUACAAAUCGAGGAAAGUUGUACGUCCGUUUCUUAUUUUCUUCUCAGUAUGUACGAGAAUGUUUCCAUUUUGGAAUAUAUAUAAAUUAUUAAUGUAUAGUAAAAUAGGAACAUAGAAUACGCGGUAAAUCACUAAAUACCGUCACGGUCAAGGUUUGUACAUCGUUAACGAUCGAAUUGAGAACGUGAGGAGUUCCGUCGACAUUUAAAAUAUUACAUAGACGUUUUAGAAAUAUUAUGUCACGUAUAUAUAAUUUAACCAAGUUUUAUUCCAAUACGUUAGUAAUUAGAUAAUAGCGCUCGUCUAUUUAUACAAAUGUGUUCAUAAGAAUUGCAUGUGCCAGUUCCAGUUAUGACUACUGAUGAUACUUCACCGAAUAGUUAAUAAUUCACUGGUUAAUUUAUUACGUAAAUAUGAUACAUAUAAUAAAGAAUAUAAUUAUUCGUAUCGCUAUUGAAUUAUCUUCUCUAUAUAUGUAUGUAUAUUGUCUUUAUCUUUAUAUUAAAGUACCACAUCAUAAAAGUCGCAGUUGUUUUAUUACAUAAUUAAAAGUGUAUUCUAUAUACAUAUCGACAUACUUAUACAAUAUCACGUGAACGCUUUAUCGUUUAUUUGGUCAGUGUCUGAAGUAUUUAAGUGAUGUAAAUACAACGAUUCAAUGACUGUUUUAUGUAAUUAUGUAUCUUUACGGUAUUAUGUAGGUAGUCACUGUCUGAUUAUAAUUGCUCCUAUCCUCAAUAGACAUGAA